AUGGACAUUUACAGCUGGCUACUGCUGAUUUCUUUCAUAUUGUUCCUCUAUUGGAAGACUGCCAGUCCCAAAAAACUCCCCCCUGGACCGAGGCCUCUGCCAUUCCUUGGGAACUUGCUGCAGUUCGAUUUCUACAAUCCCUUGAAGGACCUUCAAAGGAUUGCACAAAAAUAUGAUCCCAUCUUCACUUUGUAUAUGGGAGGGAAACCUAUGGUCUUUGUUCAAGGAUUUUCAUUGGUGAAAGAGGUCCUACUGAUUAAUGGAACAGAAUUUGCUGGAAGACCCCAAUAUGCUAUUAUGAAAGCAAUCAAUAAACAAAAAGGGGUAGUCACAGCAGCCUAUGGGCAAGUGUGGAAGCAGCAAAGAAGGUUUUUGUUGAUGGCCCUGAGAAAUUUUGGACUGGGCAAAAAAUCUAUGGAGGAAAAGAUCCAGGAUGAGGCCGCUUACUUGUUGCAAAUAUUUGAGGAAAACAUGAGUGUGCCAUUUGAUCCCCUUGGUUUCCUUGAGAGUGCCGUAGCGAAUAUCAUUUCCACCAUUGCAUUGGGAAAGCAUUUUAAGUAUGAUGAUAAUACCUUGAGGCAAGUAUUGGACCUUAUCCAUGAGAAUACAAGAGAGAUUACGGGACCCUGGGCACAGCUUUAUAAUGCAUUACCAUUUGUGAGGAGGCUUCCUCUGCCCCACCAGAAUGUAUUCAAGGCUAAAGAGAAGGUACUUGCUUUCUUCUCAAAAGAAGUUGAAGAGCACAGGGCAACUCGUGUUCCCGGAGUGCACCGAGAUGUAAUUGAUGCCUAUAUGGAAGAAAUACAGAAGCCGGAGAAUAAAGGAUCAAGUUUUGAAGAAGAGUACAUGCUUUUAUUGGUGACUGAACUGUUCAUUGUUGGAUUGGAAACAGCUGCAACAACUCUUAUAUGGGGUUUACUCUACUUGAUGGCUUUCCCAGAGAUCCAAGAAAAAUGUCAAGUGGAAAUCAACAAUGUUCUUGGCAACAAUACAUGCAUCAAGUAUGAAGAUCGGGAAAAACUGCAUUACACAAAUGCUGUCAUUCAUGAAAUCCAGCGAUUUGCAAAUGUGGUGCCCCUUGGAAUCCCUCAUGCCCCUAUCAAAGACAUGCAGCUUUUGGGUUAUACAAUCCCCAAGGACACGGCAAUUAUGACCAAUCUCAUUUCUGUCCAUCGCGAUGAGUCUCAGUGGAAAUAUCCACAUGAGUUUAACCCUUCCAACUUUCUGAAUGAGAAGGGCGAAUUUGAGAAGCCUGAAGCCUUCCUGGCUUUCUCAGCAGGUCCAAGGGUAUGCUUAGGGGAGAACUUGGCUCGGAUGGAGGUGUUCCUCUUCUUCACUAAUAUUCUGAGAAGAUUCCAGAUACUGUGGCCAGAUGAGACAAAGGCGCCGGACCUCACCCCCAACUUCGGAAUCACGUUGACUCCAUCCCGCUUUAAGGUGGCACUGAAAUGUCAUCAGCAAAUGUGA